UCGCAGUACAUUUGAGUCGAGCGCGGUGGUUACAUCGUGUGUUCUUCAUGACCAUCUCGAGAACGCGCUAGUGUGAUCUGUGGCGUUUCGUUUUGUGUGGUGUGUAUGCGUUUGUGCACCGCGUUUUCUCCUUUUUUUCCAUUAUUCUGCGCGAGCGGAAUUUCGCGCGAUGAACGGCCGAGUGAGAGUGAAAACGCGGCCACGCACGGCCGGCUCGUCAACAGCGUGAAUCAUCGGCAUCACCGGCUCCCGGCUCUCGCGGAACCCACGCAGUGCGACGCGCGUUUCGUGUCUCCCUUUCUUUCUCGCUGUCCCUUUCGCUCUCGGGCGCGCGCGCAUACUCCCGUCAUUCUCCCUUUAUCCCUCUGUCUAUCUUUUGUGUGAGAACAACCCUCGUAUCUCGCGUGCACCACCUACGCAGCGAGCGUUGACAGCGUGGACGAAGAACGGAUUAAAUCCCCUUUUGAAUCUCCCCGCGGCGAUCUUCUGCCAGUGAAGCGAGAGAGAGAGAGGGGGAGAGGGAGAGAAGGAAAACGGGCUUUGUAAUCACGCACGGAUAGCCCGUUUCGCGGGAUAAAAGAGGAGGAAUGUCGACGAUGGAGAGCCAGAACGGCACCGCGGGCGGGACGCAGAGCAACGGCAUCAAGACUUCGUCGUCGUCGUCGUCCACGGCGUCGUCCACGGCGUCGUCGGGCGUCUCGCCGUCGGGUCGCAUUGGCGGCGGCCUGCCGAACAAUACCAGCAACUCGUCCUUCCUCUACAGCAGCAGCACGAUGCUGAGCCGCGAGAAGGCGCGGCAGGUGCCGCCGCCGACCUUGCCUAAGUACACGUCGAGCUUUAACGCCGGUUCGAACGGCGGCGGCGGCACGGCCGAACGACUCGGCCGGGAUCGCGAAGCCGGUGGCAGCUACAGGCUCGCCAGUCUGGACAGACUCGCCCUACGCCAAAGGAUACUGGACGGGGAGAAGCCGAACGGCGAGCCCAACUCGAUUCAAGCGAAGCGCGAGUUAUUCUUCAAAGGCGACGGCGCGGGAAUAAUCUCGCCACCGUCUGUGCCGUCGGUGCCACCGCCGCAGCCGCCGACGCAGGCACCAAACUCUCAAGUGAACAAUUCGGCGACGAACGCCACGACGACCAGCAAUCUUACAUCGCCGAAUGCGGCGCCGAUAUAUUCGAGCGGCGCCGUCACGGGGCCCAAUGCGAAAGCGCGGCUGCCGUCCGCGAUUCCGAACGAUGUCUUGGAGGACAGCAAUAGACGCGAGUCCGCUCGUAACGCCGUCUCCGCGAAGGAAGACAGUAACAAAGAGACCAGCCUGCUGCACCAUGCGCGACCCACGCCGCCCACCAAGCCCAAGGAGCUCGACGGCUACGUCGGCUUCGCAAAUCUUCCCAACCAGGUGCACAGAAAGGCCGUGAAGAAGGGCUUCGAAUUCACCCUCAUGGUCGUCGGUGAAUCUGGACUUGGUAAAUCCACCCUGAUCAACUCUAUGUUCCUGGCCGACAUAUACAGCGCCGAAUAUCCCGGACCCAGUCUCAGGAUAAAGAAGACAGUUGCCGUGGAAACCUGUAAAGUGUUGCUGAAAGAGAAUGGCGUCAAUCUCACCCUCACGGUCGUCGAUACCCCCGGUUUCGGUGACGCUGUCGACAACAGCAAUUGUUGGGUACCAGUAAUUGACUACAUCGAGUCGAAGUACGAGGAGUUCCUUAACGCGGAGUCCCGCGUGACGAGACGGCAGAUUCCAGACAGUCGAGUGCACUGCUGCCUCUAUUUUGUCGCGCCCUCCGGCCAUGGACUGAAGCCCCUUGACGUGGAGUUCAUGCAGCGUCUUCACGACAAAGUUAACAUCAUACCUGUUAUUGCCAAGGCGGAUACCAUGACGCCGGAUGAAUGCGCAUAUUUUAAGAAGCAGAUUCUGAACGAGAUUGCGCAACACAAAAUAAACAUCUACGAGUUUCCGGAGGUUGAUGAAGAAGACGACAAAUCCAACAAAUUAAGGGACAGAGUGCCGUUUGCAGUUGUGGGAGCAAAUACUGUUGUUGAUCACGAUGGCAAAAAAGUGCGGGGCAGAAAAUAUCCGUGGGGAGUUGCGGAAGUCGAAAACUUGGCACACUGCGACUUCAUAGCGCUCCGAAAUAUGGUGGUAAGGACGCACGUGCAGGACUUAAAAGACGUGACGAACAACGUGCAUUACGAGAAUUUCCGAUGUCGCACCUUGGCCGGUCUGGGCAUGGACGGCAAACCGACGAAGGCCUCGAAUAAUUUGUGCCCUCCAGGAGUGAUGAACAGUUUCAUGAUGGUGUGGAAUCCGUUGGCGCAACUGGAAGAAGAGAAGCGCGAACACGAUAACAAGAUGAAGAAAAUGGAAAUGGAAAUGGAACAAGUGUUCGAGAUGAAGGUGAAGGAGAAAAGGCACAAAUUGAAAGACUCCGAAGCGGAUUUACAAAGAAGACACGAACAAAUGCGGCGCUCGUUGGAGCAGCAAGUGCGAGAACUGGAGGAGAAGAGACGAGCCUUCGAGGCAGAAAAAACCGCAUGGGAGCAGCAGACCGGACACAGUAUUGAAGAAUUACGUAGACGCAGUUUAGAAGCAAAUUCGAAAGAGACGGCAUCGAUGUCCUCCGAGGGAUCUGGAGGCGGCGGUGGAGGUACGUUGAGAGGGUCCCGAGGGAUAGGCAGCCUCCUUCGCCGUCACACCAGUUUCAAAUCACCUCAAGACAGCCCCGCACAGAUACAGCUUGUCAUACAGCAUCCUGAGCACCCCUAAUAGAGACCGUUUCCCAGGUCGCACUCUCGCUUAUGAGAUUCGUGCUGAAGUCAUUGCGCGGACUUCUUCUCGUGCUCAAUCCUUAUCUGGUUUUUUUUAAACAGUACUAAAAUCACUUGACAAAGAUCCCGUCGGAUCGGUAAAAAUACGAAUCAAAAUAUCCUGAUUUGUUAUGUCCGGAGGCAAUCAAAACAGUACUUUGCAAAAAUAUAGAAAAGACUCGCUUUUGUUCGAAAACUGUACAAACAUCUUGACUGCCUGAAUAAGGGUUGAGGGAAGUCUUUUCAUUCUCUUGAGGGGUGUAAGUAGUGCCUAUCUAAACAACACUAAUUUAUUAUUUCAAUAUUAAGCUUAAUAAAUUUUACAUUUGUGUCUUUAGUGACUGAAGACAGAAAUCAGCAAAAUUUUGUUAUUUAAAUUACUUUUUAAUUGGUAGAGUUUUCAUUUUUUCCCAAGUUAUCAGCAAAUUGCAUAAAAAUUGGUAAAUUAAUUUUUUUAAACUUUGCAAAUAUAUUGUUUUUUUAAUAUUUGGUCUUUAUACGAAUGCAAAGUUCGAUAUUAAAUGGAUUUAGAGGUGUAUCUGUACUCGUUGUCGUGAUAGGCGGCACUUACUCAACCUCUACACGCGUAUGCGUGCGCUCGUUUACUCGUUCGAUACAUAUCGUAAUCCAAAGCGACUGUAUAUUUCUAGCGAGAAGUUCAUAAGUCACACGCCGUAAAAAUACCGCGCACAACUAAGACGUGCGUUUACCAGCGCGCAUCUAAACGUGAUUCAAUACAUUUCUUCACUGUUUUAUACUUGAACCGUCUCGUGUUCGCUUCACGCGUCUUACACAAUAAUUUCGUUACUCGACGAAGUAACUGCAACAAACAUUGUCGUAAUUGUGCACAAAUGCGACACAAACUUAACGAUAAUCCAAGUGAAGGAAAAUUGAGUAUCGUGGAAUAGUUAGGUGGAGCUACUUAAUACUAUAAUUAACUUUUUACUGUUAUAAAGCAGCUGUUUAAUACCCGGAGCUUACCAGGUUAAUCUUUUGAUUGAAAUGACAGUUUAAAGUCGUUAAAAAUUAGCGAUUACAACUUUAAUUAAUUUGAAGUGAUUUUUUUAACAAAAAUUUAAAUCAGAAUUUGAUUAUUUUAUCAAUAUUCGAUUAAAAGUUAUAGGAUAAAAAUAGAAAUCAACAAGUCGAAAACAAGUCUGAAAAUUUUAUCUUGUAUUAUCGUUAAGAUGAAUUCUAUCUCAAACUUGUCUUACAUUCAUUCCAGCCGCGUUUUCGCGUUUUUUCGAAACAAUUCUAUCUCAGCGACUCAGAUUUCUUUCCUACAAAAUUACAACAUGUCUGUCUCGCGUUACAUGGUAAAGUUUCAAGCGCGAUUCAUCAUACGAGCACGUCUCUUUACUCUUCAUAUUUACGUGAAUUUCGUGCAUUUUUUCCUUUACAUUUUACUAUAACGUAUUCAUUAUAAUACAAACGUGGAGUCUCGGCUUGCGCAUUACGGUAAGUCGCGGUCGAAACACUUAGACGAUAGUAAACGACGUAUUAAGUAUAUAUUAGCGAUAUGUACAUUUAGCAACGUAUUUUUGGCACGGACUUUGAUAAAGUACGGAACAGUGUGUAACGGAGCGCAAAAUUGUCACUCAUUCUUGUGUAGCGACGUUUUUGUACUCAAAAUCCAAAACGUGCGUUUAAAACACACGAAACGUAUACAUAGACACACGCACACUUUGAUCCUUUACCGCAUCGUGUGCCAUAAUUUUGUCCUGCUGCUUCCAUUAAUACUUUAAUUAUAAUGUAUCGUCGCUGGAUACGUGGUUGCUAUAUUAUAUUUGUUACACUUAUUCCCGAUCAUAUUUA